AACUAAACCCCUUGAAGAAAGGAGUUACUUUCCGAUUAUCUGCCACCUUUCCCAUCAAAUUUCCCAUCAGCUUUUCCACUUGCUCAACGUUAAAAAGCUCUUUCCUUCUCCCAAUUUCCAAAUGGACUGAGCCAUAAACUAAACUCAAACAAACAACAAUGGCAUCAUCCUCAUCUUCAUUUCUUGGUAUCGACGACACUGUAGAUGAUUUCUACUUCUCUGUUGUCUCCGAUGAUGAAACCGACCCUGACUUCCCUGUCACCGAUGACAGGUACGCUGAAGCAUUACAGUUUCAAGAAACACUUUUAGCUUCUCUUAUCACUUCUCACCGAGUCCCCUCCUCCUCCAUGACCAUGUCACCACCACCGCUAUCAUUACACUGGGUAGCAUCUUCAUCUCAAAAUGAUGAGUUACUGUUUGAGGAAACCCUUAUGGCCUCCUCCUCCACAUUACCACCGCCAUUUGUAGCAUCUUCAUCAAAGGCUGUUGAUGACACUGUCAUCACCGAAAAAGCAGAUCAAUCUUCAAUAAUCGUUUGCGAGAUUUGUACUGAAGCAAAAAGGACCCAUGAAAUGUUCAGGAACCAGAGAUGUUACCAUUCCUUUUGUUCCGAAUGUGUCGUCAAACAAGUGUCAACAAAAAUCCAAGAUAACAUAACAAAUGUGUCUUGUCCUGGUUUGAACUGCAAGGGUUUGUUGGAGCUUGAAUCUUGUAGGUCAUUACUUCCAAAAGCUUUGAUUGAUAGGUGGGAUGAUGCAUUAUCUGAGGCUCUUUUACUUACUGUUCCUAAGUUCUAUUGUCCCUUUAAGGAUUGUUCUGCGAUGUUGCUUGGUGAGAAUGAAGGAGUGGGAGAUAUUAGGGAAUCUGAAUGUCCUUUUUGUCAUAGGCUGUUUUGUGCAAGGUGUUAUGUUCCUUGGCAUCCUGGAGUUGGUUGUGAGGAGUACCAGAAAAUGAAUCCAGAUGAAAGAGGGAGGGAAGAUCUUCUCGUUAAAGAGCUUGCUAAACAGAAGAAAUGGAAAAGGUGUCCCAGAUGCAAGUUUUAUGUUGAAAAAAGGGAUGGCUGUUUGCAUAUCACGUGCAGGUGCAAGUUUGAGUUUUGCUAUGCUUGUGGAGAAAGAUGGACAGCUUCUCAUGGUGGGUGCCAAUGAAAUUAGAUGGAUUUAAGCUAGCUUGAUAAUUGAUAUGGAUAUUGCUGUCAUUUCUAAUUUUCAUUAAAUAGACUGUUUUUUGUGGUUGUUUUGAAACGGACAUGGGAAGUUUGUGACAGUUUAGAAAGACAGAAUAUAAGCAAGUUUAGGAUGUUUGGUUUAGUAAGGAUAUAAGCAAGUUUAGGAUGUUUGGUUUUAGUCAGAUGUUUGUGGUUGUAACUUGUAAGAAAAAUAUGUAGCAUGAUCCUUUUGAAAGUGUACUUGCUAAGUUGGGAGCUGUUAUUGCUUACCAGUAACGAUGAA